AAGAAGUAGAAGAAGAGGCGGUCAGCUGAUCGGCCCCGCGGCGUCCAGACAACACCAUACUGACCAUAGGCACUGAGGCAGCAGGUGUGUGUACGGGGCCUGCACACCGCCACGAGGGACACACAGGGCUGCUGUCACACUCAGACUGGACGUGGCGUGCCUGGCGAGGAUGUGUGAUGAAGGGCUCUGAGAGAUUAUUGGUACACCUCAGCAGUAGUAAGAUAUGAUGGAUAGUGCCGCAGAACUGGAAGACAUGGCAGCUGCUGUAUAUGACAUUCUACGCACACUGAGGGACCCAGAGAAGGAUGCCACACUUGAAGACUUGGAGGUUAUUCAGGAGGACAGGAUAAAGGUUGAGAGGUUUAACAAUGACAAGUUUCUUGUGAAGGUGGAGUUUGUGCCUACUGUUCCCCACUGCUCCCUGGCUACACUCAUUGGCUUGUGCAUCCGACAGAAGCUACAGCGGUGUUUUCCUUACCCCUGUAAAGUGAAUAUCAGUAUCGCACAAGGUACUCACAACAUAGUGGAGGAUGUGAACAAGCAGAUAAAUGACAAGGAACGGGUUGCUGCUGCACUCGAGAAUCCCAACCUUUCCCAGGUAGUAGAGAAAUGCUUGGAGGAGAGAGACUUCUAAAAUAAAGCCUGAGUAGACAAUCUGUGCUGCUCCCAACCUAGUGAUGAU